GUAGAGGUUACCUAAAACCUAACCUAACCUAAAAUUAGUAGAGGUUACCGGCGUCACAGUUCAAAGAUUAUCGUGUUUUUCUUUACAAGGCACUCGGGCGUAAUUGUUUUGUAAUAAAUAUUGAGGGACCGUGCACUUGUUUUGUAGUAGUAUCUAGAAACUCGGCUGGAUUGGGGCGUUUGUGUUUUAUUCACUUAGUCCUACUAAAAAGAAAAUGACCACCCACUGGAACUACCCCGAUCCCGCCCUGCAGGAUGAGCUCCGCAAGAUCGCCAACGCCAUCGUGGCACCCGGCAAGGGCAUCCUGGCCGCCGACGAGUCCGUCUCUACCAUGGGCAAACGUCUAGCCGAUAUCGGCCAGGAGAACACCGACGAGAACAGGCGCAAGUACAGGCAACUGCUGUUCACCACUUGCCCCACCAUCGGCGACUACAUCUCGGGCGUCAUCCUGUUCCACGAGACCCUCUACCAGAAGGCCGACGAUGGCACCCCCUUCACCGAGCUGUUGAAGGAGAGGGGAAUCAUUCCCGGCAUUAAAGUUGAUACCGGAGUCGUCCCGCUUCUCGGAAGCAAUGACGAGUGUACCACUCAAGGUUUGGACGAUCUGGGAAAACGCUGCGCCCAGUACAAGAAGGACGGGUGCCACUUCGCCAAGUGGCGUUGCGUGCUCAAGAUCAACGAGCACACCCCCUCCGUGCAGGCCCUGAUCGAGAACGCCAACGUGCUGGCCCGUUACGCGUCAAUCUGCCAGGCCAACAGGAUCGUGCCCAUCGUCGAGCCCGAGAUCCUACCCGACGGCAACCAUAACACCGAGCGGUGCCAGAAGGUCACCGAGACGGUGCUCGCCUACGUGUAUAAGGCCCUGGCCGACCACAACGUCUUCUUGGAGGGCACCCUCCUCAAGCCCAACAUGGUGACGCCGGGUCAGGGAGCCGCCGCCAGGGCGAGCCCCGCCGAAAUCGCCAUCGCCACUGUCACCGCUCUCCAGCGCAGGGUGCCAGCUGCAGUGCCCGGCAUCACCUUCCUGUCCGGGGGUCAGUCCGAGGAGGAGGCGUCUGUCAACUUGGACGCUAUGAAUAAAUUGCAGGUGAAGAAACCGUGGGCCCUCACCUUCAGCUACGGCCGCGCCCUCCAAGCGUCCGUCCUCCGCGCCUGGCAAGGCAAGGACGAGAACGUGGCCGCCGCCCAGCAGGAACUGCUGAAACGUGCAAAGGCCAACAGCCAGGCGUCUUUGGGGACGUACGCGGCGGGCAGCGUCGAAGGAAAGGCCGGAGAUGCUGGACUCUUCGUCAAGAAUCACGCUUAUUAGGAGCGGGAUCGGCGGCGCACGCACGCACACUAAAUCUUUAGCGUUUUAGAGCCGAGCGUUUACCUCGGGGAAACAUCCAAAUUAAAUUGUGAAACACAUAAUUUUAUGUAUAUAUCGCUAGGUGUACUAAGUUCAGCAGUUUUUUAUUGUUAGGCUCUUUAUUAUCGAUUGUACCUUUUAUUUAUAAAUCCGGAGGUUUGAUCUAUUUGUAAAUGGUAUUUUUUAUUGAUCGUCGCAUGGUUAUAGAACAAAUGUAUGUCGUGUAUGAAAAUUUUAAGUAAUAAAUGUAUUAAAUGUUA